CAGCGACCGCGGCGAUGGAGAGAUGCUUUUCCCACCGCGACGAUGGCGCGGUGGCGUGUGAGAACGUGGACAAGGAAAUCCCUAUGAUCACUUCAGAUAUUGACAUGAUGAUGUGGCAUGGACCCUCCAAGUCUGGGAAAAGUUCCCUCGCCUUUCAGUACGCCUUCGACCUCGUGCGAGCAGCUGCCACCCAACCCAUGUCGACCUUGCCGUCAGCGUCCACAGUGAAACUAUCCGAGCCGCUGCCGUACGUUAUCUUGGUAUGCCACGAGAGCAUGCGAAACAAACUUGAGCGCUUUGUUCCGAUCGAUCCGUGCGAGGCUUGUGAAACGCCAAGGAAAAGCGGUGCCGACGCCCAGCAUUGGGAACGAGUCCACAUCAAAUACCUUCAGAACGCCUCCCAAUUGGGUCAUUUUGCGAGCUCGCUGCAUGUCCUCGGUGGAAGGCCCAUCGCGAUGAUCGUUGACGACUUCGACCUUUUCUUUCAAGACGAUUCUGCCUCCAAUGCAUCUUUGUAUAGAUGUGUUGCGCUUCUCAAGGAAACCACAGAGUAUAUGCAUCGAGUGCACGGGAUGGGACAGGUAGUCGUGACGUGCACCACGGCAGCCUACACUAAGGACGAGCGACAUCGUCUCCGGCGGUGGUUUCCUCUCUUGCUUGAGCUCGUUCCAGACUCCCAUCCUCACACAUUCGCCAUGCAAGAAGAACUGCCAGCCCCUCCAUUUUCGUCAUCCAUUGCAAUACGGGACUGGGCUGCAUACAUGCCGCACUUUCCAGUUCCGUAUCGUGUGCUCUAUCUCUUCGAACCCAACACACGCGGCCAAGACGGCGUGUUUCGGUUUCUCCAUGCAGGAUAGGAGCGCGGCAGACGCUUGAGCAGCACGAUGGCAAGCUUCCUGCCGCGAUCACGUUUACGUAUCACGUGGAGCUGUUGCCUGCAUUCGCCACAUACCUUUGGCUUGUUCACGACACUGACCUGGGGAGGGGCCUAGAAUGGUGUGACUAAAUACAACUGGCGCCUGAUGGUCUCCGUUGUGCAUAAGCCGAGGUUGCCUUCGUCACAUCCGUCGUGCACAGACUGAUGUGCGAGCAAAGCUGAUGGAUCUUGAAAGGGAUGAUGGGUUUUCCACUUGUCGAGGUCGUCCAUAAG